AUGAGUAGUGAUAACUUUGAGGGUGGGGAUGAUCCCUUUGCAGAGAGCGAUACAGACAGCGACUAUGAAGAUGACUUGCAACCUGAUUCAGAACAAGACGAGGACAACGUAGACUUUUACGCCAUCUUGAAUGUACCCAGAGAUGCAUCAGCAAGCGAAAUACAGGUGGCCUAUAAGAAGUUGGCAUUUACAUAUCAUCCUGAUAAGCAGACGAAUGAGGAGUUGAAGGCACAGAGCCAGCAUAAGUUUGCAUUGAUCAGUCGUGCAAAGGAGACACUAUGCGAUGAGAAGAGCAGAGCGAUAUAUGAUCGAUACGGUGUAUCCGGUCUAAACAACUCGAGAUCACUGAUCAACAGGUACGAGGAGGUUGACAACCUACUACGUGCAUUUGGUCGAAUUCAAAGGACGAUGAAAGAGGAGCGAGUACUAGACUAUUUCAACGGACAUGGUUACCAAUCAAUGACCAUCGCCUACCAUCCAGAGUACAACUUUAUAUGGCUGAACAAGUUUGUCUCGUCUCAGACAUUCAAACUGAACACACCUAUUGGAGCAUUUGAAAUCACACCAGCAUUCACAAAGAAGCGUAUCGACUCUGAGUUUAGAUGCUCUGGAACAUACUCAAAGACAUUGUUCAAUCGUGUCCAACUCGUAUCAUCACUACACUACAGCGAUCGUAUGCCACUCGUAUCCAACAUUGCUCUCAAGACAAUGUUGACCAAGUCAAUACGUGGACAGAUUGCUUGUUCAAACAUAUUACCUCAUGUCAUACCAGCUGACCUGCAGGUAUCAUUACAUAAGCACUUUAGUCAGACGGUAGAGUCCAAGCUGACCACCUACUUCACAAUGGGUUCAGCCACUGCCAUCCUGAAACUGACAAGGAAUGUUGAGAAUAGAAUACUGGAUCUUGAGGUUGCCGCCAGCAACACAUUUGGAUUCAGGUCUAGCAUUACAAGACACUUGCCAAUCUCAAAGAAGACAAACAUGUCAGUGUCGAUUGGAACUUCUAACCUCUCAUUCGGAGGUAUAACAGCGGCGAUCACAAGACGUAUCUCAAAGGUGCUCAGAGUGACAUUCUCCAUGCAGGUGUCACCAUCCAAGUAUCUAUACACACUGGGCUUCCAGCACAAGUACCAAUCAUUCGACAUACCCAUUCCGAUCUAUGCCAACGUUGGUCUGGUGCCAUCACUCAUCUUCUUCACCGUGCCAUCUCUGCUGUUCACGGGCCUCAAGCUGCUCAUCGUCAACCCACUGCUCAGACGACGCGAACUCGAGCAGAUCAAGACGCGCAAGGAGAAGCACUCUGAAACCUACAAGGAGGCCAGGAGCAGGGCCAGCAUUGACAUCCAACUGAUGAGGCCAACCGUCGACAAAAAGGCGGCAGUCGAGCAGGCCAAGAACGGACUGGUCAUCCAGCAGGCGUUGUACGGAGUGUUGAAAGAGCACUCUGCCUCUGCCGACGUCGACUAUCCCGCCACCAUCGAUGUGACCAUUCCCCUGCAGUAUCUGGUCGAGGACAGCAAGCUGGAGCUACACCCCAACAAGAAGUCCGAUCUGAUUGGCUUCUAUGAUCCAAGAGUUGGCGAGGAGAAACAGCUCAAGGUCACCUAUCUCUUCCAAGGUCAAUUGCACAUGACCAUCGUCAAUGACAAUGAACUACUGAGGAUACCCGUUAGAUCCCAUUUGAUCAAGUAA